UUGUUAAUAAUAGUAUCAUCUUCCCCAACCAUUUGACAAGAGAAAGUCAAGCCCAGUUCGUUUGAAGUUUGUCAGUCAGUCGGCCGGUUUCUCUCACCCCAGUGCAUAAUAAUAAUAUUUUUGUGAUAAAAAAAAGACUGAACGAUGGAUAAGUCUACAUAUAAGGAUCAGGAAAAUCCUGUCCCUGUAAAACGCGUCAGGAUAUUAGUCGAUAUUCCCGUGUCAACAGCGCCAUUCAAUUCAAUGACCUGGACCAAUUCUCAAGGGGAACAAGUUGAAUUAAAUGUGUUGCAAAUGGAGGAUGAGUCGUUACCAACUCCAUCAACCUCGUCAACUCAAAAGAUAAAGUUGGACUCUAUCCUCAGAGCCGUGCUACAAGGGAUGAUGGAAAAUAGUGGAUAUACGGGGGGAUGUCAGAUUUCUGGGGAAGCGAUGAGCAAAAGAAUCUCACUAACGGCUGGGCGACCCACGUUAAGAAAUCCAAAACAGACACGGAGAAAUUCACCCCCAUCCAAGUAUUUUACAAGGAGAUUAAGGUGGCGAUGCAAGUUGUAGAUGGUCUGUUGCGAGUGGUCAAGAUGGAGAAAGUUGGACACGAGUGGAAGUUCAAUGGGUGGGCAGGGCGUCAACAGAAAUGCAGCAUGUCAACAUGUACAAGUGCUUGCCACGGUGGAAAUUUUUGUGAUGCUCAUUCCACAAAAGAAGUCCUGUUACUUCAGGACAUGAGAGCUACUCCCCCUAUCCUGGCAUUACUAGCUCCUUCCGCCACAACCACCCCAUACACCGAAGGUGAGAUUAGGACGAAGUUGGGUGACUGCGGGAUUAAGAAAAUGAGGGGAGGAAAAGUAGUUGUUGGGGGGUCAGAAGUACGUCAUCAAAGCAUCCAACUCUAUGACUAUGUUGUAAAGAAGAGAACCGACAAGGAGGAGACUUUUUUCCGAAUAAUUGGACGCUGGUCGUAUCAGGACGACAACAACAAAGUCCAUGAUUCAGUAUUUUUGGGUGUGUCAUUGUUGGUGAUGCUAAAGGGAGGUGCUACUUUGCUCAAUUCACGAAUUCUCUUCCGUUUUGCUGACCUUGUCUGGGUCAAGUCAUUUUUAAACGAAAAUUGUGUCACAUUCAACAAAGGAGAAGAACUUGCCGACGGAUCGACUAAUCCUCCAGGUGUAUCAGGAGAAAUCAAUCGUUCUCUCCCAUAUGUCUACAUAGGACGUAACGAUGAGGCAGAAUUUUACGCUGGGGUGGAAACACAAAUCGUAAUACGUAGCUCUGGGGUGAAAGCUAUAUACCAUGAUACCACGGUUGCAGAAACGGGGAUGGACCACUUUGAAGAGGAUGAAGACCAGCCAAUUUUCCAAAGUCACAUUCCGACGCUGCUGCAACACGUCAAUGGUAGUAUCAAGCGGAGUGAAUUUAGCCCAGAAGAAGAAGAUGAAUUUCUCAAAAUGGAAAAUGCUGCCAAUAACUAUGAAACACUUGCCCACUCUGCUAUAAAGAUAGGAGAAAUGGUUGGCCAGACCUAUAAGGGUGCUCUAGUGAAGGGAACUCAUAAACAAAUGACUCAUAUUGAUGGUGCUAUUAAUAUUGAUGAUCUCAAAUCUAUUUAUGCUUUUUUGUUUGAAACCAAUCUGGUCAUUAGUGAGGGUAGUCAGUUGGAGAAAGGUCAGGAUCAGAAAGUUGUUAUGAAUUUUGUUGUUUAAUUAUCUUAACGUAUGUCAUGUACCAAUACUUUUUUUAUAUUAAUUAAAUAAAUGUUGGACCACUUACCGAGACGCUAAA